AUGACUUGCUACGAGCUGGUUUAUUUCGAUUUCUACUUUAGAGCUGAACCAAUUCGACAAUGUUUGGCUUAUGGUGGGAUUAAGUACAAGGAUACGAGGGUUACGCUGAGUGAUUGGCCUGCUUUGAAGAAGAGUCCAAGUGAGUUUUUGAUUUAAAAAGUGGUUUGCUAGCAUGUUUAUGAAGGUCAGGCUUAGUUUUGUAUUCAUUAGCCUUUGGAAGGUUUUUUAGGUUUAAUUUUGGGUCUUGAUGUUUAGGCUAGACUGAGAAUUGGAUAAAAUUGUCGAGUUUCCGGUUUAAACUUGAUGACAGGUUUUAGGCUUUGGCUUCCUUAGAAUCUUACGCUUACUGUACUAGGCUUCGAGGCUUGGGGUUGUAGGCGUUUAGGCUCAGGCUUCUAGACUUAAGCUUUUAGUCUUGGCUUCUGGGUUCAGGCUUCUAGGCUUAGGUUUCUAGGCUUAGGUUUAGACUUACAGGCUUAGACUUCUAGGCUUAGGCUUCUAGUCUUGGGGGUCUAGGCUUAGGCUUCUAGGCUUAUGCUUCUAUGCUUAGGCUUCUAGGCUUAGGUUUUUAGGUCUAGGCUUCUAGGCUUAGGCUUCUAGGCUUAGGCUUCUAGGCUUAGGCUUCUAGGCUUAGGCUUCUAGGCUUAGGCUUCUGGGCUUCUAGGCUUAGGCUUCUAGGCUCAGGUUUCCAGGCUUAGGCUCCUAGGUUUAGGCUGAGGCUUUUAGGCUUACGAUUCCAGGCUUAGGCUUCUAGGCUUAAGCUUCAUAAUGGCUUUGUUUUUAGAAAUUCCGUACGGCACCUUGCCAGUCCUUUACAUUAGUGGAAAGCCAUUGUGUGAAAGUCACACAAUAACAAGAUAUGUUGCCGAAGUGACCGGUCUUGACGGUGAAGGUGACCUUCUCGAAGUAGCUAGACUGGACCAAAUUUACGAACUAUGCCGUGAAUUUCAAGAAGCUACCCAACCAUACUUCUUUGCUUUGAAUGGGCUUAACAAGGAGGAUCCGGUAGGGUUAUACUCAGGUUUCUAGGCUUAGACUUCUAGACUUAGAUUUCUAGGCUUAGGCUUCUAGGCUUAGGGUUCUAGACUUAGAUUUCUAGGCGUAGGCUUAUAGUCUUAGGCUUUUAAGUAAAGCAAAACCUUUCCAGGCCAAACUAAAAUCAGAAGUGUUUCUACCAGCGGUCGAUAAAUAUUUCCCAAAAAUUUUGUCCGAACUACAGCCAAAUUACAUAUUUGGCAAAGGCAAGAUAAGCUAUGUGGAUUUGUACUGGGCCAAUAUCAUAGAAUUUUACAAGAGAACGGCCAGAGAUGUGAUCGAAAAGUACCCUCAAUUCAUGGAACAUGAACGUCUGAUAAAAGCCGUGCCAAAACUACAACAAUAUUUCGCGACUCGGCCAAAAUGCCCUUUUUAA